UACCGAUUAUAUUUUAGGGAAAGUGGGCGGGGCGAGAGGGGUGUGCCCAGAGGGAAUUCCGCUCUGCCUCGUUUUCAAUAUUCACGUUUAGUCUUCAAAAGAUUGUAAAGCGUGAUGGCGGCUGCAGACGGCUCUCCGCUUGUUCUUGUAACUGGUGCAUCAGGUUAUAUAGCUACACAUGUUAUUAAACAAUUACAAGAAGAAGGUUAUAGAGUGCGAGGAACAGUGCGAAGUUUACAAGAUGAAAAUAAAGUUAAACACUUACAUGCUUUAUGUCCAGAAGCUCAAUUUAAACUUGAAUUAGUGGAGGCAGAUUUAACUAAACCAGAAUCUUGGGAAGCAGCUGUAAAAGAUGUGGUUUAUGUGAUACAUAUUGCUAGUCCAUUCCCUGCUGCUGCUCCUAAAGAUGAGAAUGAAAUCAUACAGCCAGCUGUAGAAGGAACACAGAAUGUCUUUAAAGCGUGUGUUGAUGCUAAAUCUGUUAAAAGAAUUGUAUUAACUAGUUCAUGUGCUGCUGUUGCUUGGGAGACAGCCGGUACAAGUAAAGAUAAAGUCAAUUCAGAAGAAGAUUGGAGUGAUGUGGAGAAAUUAGAUGCUUACUCUAAAAGUAAAACACUAGCAGAAAAAGCAGCAUGGGAUUUUAUUAAAGAACUUCCAGAUUCAGAUAAAAUAGAAUUAGCUGUUAUUAAUCCAAGUUAUGUGAUGGGCCCUGUUCUUUCUGGAUCAAACUGUACUAGUAUGGAGAUUGUAAAGAGGCUAUUAGAAAGGGCCAUGCCUGCUGUACCUAAGUUGAAUUUCCCUGUUAUCGAUGUACGAGAUGUGGCUACAGCACAUGUUAAAGCGAUGACAUUAGAUGAAGCUGUUGGCCAUCGACACAUUAUUUCUCAUGAAAAUAUGUAUAUGAAAGAAAUGGCACUUAUUUUAAAAGCUGAAUUUGAAUCCCAAGGUUACAGUGUUCCCACAAUGAACUGCCCGUACUUUGCUCUAUGGCUUUCUAGUGUAUUUGAUAAAACACUCAAGCUUAUCUUGCCUCAAGUUGGUAAAGUCCACAGAUUUGAUAAUACUAGAAUGAAAGAAGUUUUGGGAAUUCAGCCAAGAGAUACCAAAGAAAUGCUAAUAGAUAUGGCUUACUCACUCAUAGAGGGUGGCUUUGUUAAGAAAACAAAGAAAUAUACAGGGCCUGGGGGAGCUCAGUCCGAAGAAGAAACUAAGACAGAAGAGGCUAAGGAAGGGGAAAAGAAAGAUGGGGAGAAUGGAGAUGUGAAGGUAAAGGAAAAUGGAGAAGUUAAAGAGGACCAACCUGAAGGAGAGAAGGAGCCAGAGAAGACUGAAGAAAAGGAAGCAGAAAAAGUGGAAGAAAAGAAAGAAGAAGAAAAGAAAGAAGAAAAUCCAACACCUGCUCCAGCUACUGAAGGUGAAGAAGCCAAGAAGGAAUAAGAUAUCUUAUGUUGUAAAUGUGCUUUUAUCACUUUCUAUCUAUUGUAGGCCAAUAAUACUAAUGCUGUAUUAUUUUUUAUUGUGCAAAUUGUGAAACUAAGAAUGUAGGAUAUAUGAGGUGAUCAUAGUAUUUUAUUAUUUUUUUUCAUUUGGAAAUUUUAACUUUAGACCAGAUUUUACUGUAAGGUUUCUUCAUGUACUUUUUGUGUACAGUACCUUUUACAAAUAUUUUCCUCUAUGUGAGGAAUUAUCAAUUUUCAAACUAUUUAUACUAAUAUACGGUUACAACUUUGUUUGACCUUGAUUACUGAUCAAAUUGGAUUUUAGGAAUAACAAAUGUUAUGUUUCAUCAUAAAUUAAAAUAGCAGGUUGAUUGAAUAUAGAGAUGAUUGUUACAUUUUGGUUGAUGGGCACAAAAGCAGUUAACUAUCAUAUUUCUUUAUUCAUAUUUUAUAUAGACAUUUUCUUUUAAAACCAGUGAUGUUGGCUUAUUAUGUAGUGAUACUAAGUGUUAUUUUUAGAAGCAUUUUAACAGUAUUAAAUAUGUCAUAAGUGUACAUUAAACCCAGCCAUGUAAAAUAUAUUUAUUUCUUUGCAACCUAGAUCAACAUCUUAUGUUUGUCAGCCUCCACAUGUAUUAUAUAGGUCUGAAAAGUUCAAAAUUUUAAGUAGUCGCUACGUUAUCCAAAACCUGAAGUGUACAAGGGUUCAGUCAUAACAGUGGUUAAAAAUAUGUUUUACAAGAAUAACUAAUAUCCUGAUAUCAAAUAUUAGUGAUCUUUUCAGGCCUAUAUUUAUGGUAGAAAAUGUGUUUUUAAUAGAACAAAUGCCAAGAGGUUAUUAGUAGGCUUAUAAAGUCAUAGUCAUAUGUAGCAAUCAGACUUUCAACCAUUGUGUUUUUCCAAGAAAUAGCCAGUGAUAACCACAAUGUCAGAGAUAAAAGUUAACUAACUAUAAAAUUGAAUGAGAAUGGUUCAAUUGCCAUGAACAGAACAUUUAUACACUGAAUUGUAUAGUCAGUGAUUUUAUGACUACGGUUAUCGAGGUGGUUGAUAAUUUGCUGUGUGUAAUUUUAGUAAGAUAUUACAUUGUAAUUAUACAUGUACAUUAUCCUUUUAUUUUAUUUGUCAACUUAAAAUUGAAUGUGGAAUAACUUUUAUAAGUAUAUUGGCUUUCCUCAUUACAGGAUUGAUCACUUUCUGAGAAAAUAAUUUUGUGCAAUGAAAUGAUGAGAUUAAUUUUAAUUUCUUUUUCUUUUUUUGGACUUUGUAGCAACAACAAAAAAAACUUGAAAAAUCUUUGAUACUGUUGAUUUAUAUUAAUUUUUAAUGAAUUUGCUCAAUUUAAAUUUGACUCUACCUUUAAAGUGAUUUUUGAUAUUUAAAUAGUCCAGAUCAUAGAAACAAAACAUCCCAUAAAUGUUUUGAAAAACCUGAUUACCGGUACAUUAUAUUUCAUCAUGCACAAUCACAAUACAUAAAGUAUCUUCAAGCACAAAAAUGAAAAAGAAACCACACCAACUUUUGUACAUGUACAAAAAGUUAUGUUGCUAUUUAUGUAAAGCUUGAACAUAAUCUGCCUUGUAUAUAGCAGAAAGGGGGCAGGUGUUGUUAUUGUAUAUAAUAUGUUCUGCCAACAUUUUCUUUUUGUAGCUUGAUAUUUUUAGUUGAAAUGUCUAUCCCCUUUCUGCCCCAGUCGUUGCCUUUUUUCAUGGUUGUUUGUUAAGGUUAUGCAUUGAGGUUAUCUUUUUUAUACAUUUAAUCAUUAUAUCUCAGUGCUGUUCAUUAUUUAUAUGUUUUUAAGGGCAUAUACCAAUUCAAUAGGAUUAUCAAAUAUUAUUUUAUAAAGUCUGUGUAGCUUGAUUGAGAUUUAAAGGGUCUUUUACUUAAAAUAAUAGAUUGAUGUGAAACUAAAAACUCUAUAAAUGACAAAUAGAUGAUAAAUUUCAGCUCAAAAAUUCAGAUUUUGUUGCAUUAUUGGAUUCAACUGGGGUUGCAUUUACAAUAAAACUCAUAUACAUAGCUCUCUGAAACUGUUUAUGUACUUUCAUUUAUAAUCAUGUACUUAGUACUUUAUCUCGAUGAAAAUAUGUUUUGUGUUCGAAUAUGUGUUCUUCAUAAACCUACUAUUAUUCAUGGAAAUUUUUUUAAAGGGUUUCUCCAAUAUUCAUCAUAAGGGUUACUUAGGGACCACCAAUUCGAUAAUUAAAACAUUUCUUGGCUGACCGUAAUGUGGUAAUAAUCAUAUGUAUAAAUAAUAAUGUAUGAGAAUAAUGUUAAGUCUUGUUUCUUUACAUAAUUUUGUUUAUUUGUGCCAUAUAACUGAACAACAUGUAAUAUUCAACAUUUUAUGUGUAAACACUAUUAUAUUUCAUACUGCUUUUUAUAUUACUUUCACUCUUGCCAUAUGUGUACUAAAUUGAUGAAGCCUGUAUAUUUUUUUGCUAAUCUAUUUUGUAUACGUCUGAUAUCUUUGUUUACUUACCUUUACAUUCUAUAUUUACAUGCGCAGAAGAACUUCAUCUUUUAUUAAAAUGUUGCAAUGUCAGUAUUUGUAUAAAUUAUAUUUAAUACAUUAAUGUUGACAUUCUAUAUUGUCAAAAUAUUCUGAUGUGGCACUGCCAGAUUAUUGAAAAUAUUUGCCUUAAAUGUACAUUUGUAUGUCUUAUUAUAUUCGUGUAGAUGCAAAGGCAAUAGGGUAAAAUUACUCGCACUAAAUUAUUGUUCAUUACUACUCAUACAUGGACGGAGGAGGGAUAUUUAAUUAUAAAAUACAUGUAUUUAUCACUAGGCUUUGUCUUUUUUAAUAUAUCUUUUGAUCAUACUUAUACUUGUAAAAUGUAUCUUUAAAUAUGUGACCCUUUUAUAGAAUGGAGCUAUUUUACCCUAUUGCUUCCAACUGGUCUUUGUAUUUCUCCGCUGAAUUCAUUGCUCUAUAUAUUAUCAAACAACUGCUCAAUGGAAACGCAUAUUUGUCAAAUAAAAUUUUUCAUUUGAAAAGAAUUUCUUUAUGUUUUAAUUAUAAACCAAAGAUUUAAUCAGAAUGGAGUGUAUGUUAUUAAAAGAAGAAAUAAAGUAUUCCUUUAAGAUGU